CCUUGAGAGAAGCAGCAGGAGAGCAAGACACGUGGACCCCUAGAGGUGGGAAACAAACAAAACCAAGGAAAGAGGGAACGACCCGUGAAUCCAAACACCCCAAUGAGUGGCGAUCCUUCCAAUUCCACACCCUAAACUCCAAAACUCCGACCGCCAUAUUUCAACCAGGAACACCAGCCACUACUUCGUACCUCGAACUCUCGCACGUCUGCUGCCCCCUUAACAUGAAAGCUCUCGUCCCCUCUCUCCUCCUCCUUGCCGUCUUUGCCGCCUCGCCGCCGCUGGCGCGAUCCUUCGAGUUCCCAGCCCAGGAGAUCUCCGACCCCAUUGACCAGACAUGCAGGCUCACGCCCUUCUACGACCUGUGCCUCUCCUCCCUCAGGUCUGACCCCGAGAGCGGCACGGCCGACGUCCGGGGGCUCGCCUGCAUAAUGGCGGGCUCCGUCCUGGCGAGCGCUAGCCGCACGCUGGACCAGAUCCAGGAGCUGCUGGGCCGGGCGCCAGACCCGGAGUCGGAGCAGCCACUGGCUUACUGCGCGGAGCUGUACAUCCCGGUGGUGAAGUACACCUUGCCGCAGGCGAUCGACGCGCUGGACAAAGGCCAGCUCGGGUUUGCAGAGUACGGGCUGUCGGAAUCUGGCAAGGAGGCGGAGGAGUGCGAGAAGAAUCUGUCGGGUCAGGGCGGGUCGCCGGUGACGGAGGGGAAUGAGCUUGUGCGGAAUCUGGUGGAUGUGGCGGUGGCGAUAAUCGAGGUUUCGCAGAAGGCCUUCUAACUCCCUUCUAUAAUUGAUACGAUGGAAAUUACACACAUGUAUGUCUCCCACUUGUCGAAGCAAGUCAUUGAAAUUACAUAAGCUUCUUAAUUAAAUUCCUCCGACUUCAAUAUCG